AUGCUUCGCGCAUUUGUCCCGCUACUCGUUUACGCUAAGACCUUUCUGCUCGUUCUAGUCAUUUUGGGCGUGUUUUUCCCUAGUGUGGCACAUUGCUCACGUGAGGAGUUCGAAAAAAUAGAAUACCCCCAGAAAUUAACCAAAAUAAAAUACUAUGACUCUAACAGCCAUAUUGAUAAGACGCACUUGUACAAAUACGUGGCGAAGCCGUCCUUGCAGGAUCUCGUAGUGACAGUUGUGAUACAAAAAAAUGUAGAACCAGGCAAUAUGUUAUAUUUCCCCAAGGGGAAAAGCUACCUUAAAAUAACAGGAGAUUGGUCACAGUACCCAAAGGAGAAAAACGAAACGAUCUGUUUAGCAUUCUUAUUGAAGAAGGAUUUAGUAAAAAAGGAAAAGGAAAAGUGUCCCAGUAAUAUCUUUUCCUCAGAUAAUGUAUACAAGGUAUGUUACAAGGAAAAUAAUUACUCUAUCCGAAAUUUAUUUUUAUACCUAGAAAUAUCGCAGGCGUAUUUGGAAAGGCUUUUUGAAUCCUUCAACAUUCCAGUGGUAGUCAACACAGAAAAUACAGUAGUAUAUUUUACUAAUAAUAAUAAGAAGUCAAAAGAUGAAAAGCCCCCGUUAGAUUUGCACAUAUGCUACAAAUCCACUGAAGAAAAGCCAUACUAUUUAGGGAAAGUUAUAUUCAAUUCAUAUCCAGUGAACAUAGAGAGAAAUAUUAAUAAAUACGACGUUAUUUACACAAAAUCUUUUUUAACGUCCAAUUGGGAAUACCAAUUGGUUAUCAAAGGGGAAUAUAUAACCUUUUACAAUCGAGUCAUUUUUGUGAGAUUUGCUCGAGAUGUAGAUGAUAAGGAGAAGAAGUGUCCCCCCUUUUGGAACUAUGCCAUUCUUGGUGCUGGUGCAUUGAAGAAAAUAAAAAAAACGGAUAAAUCUAACCUUACGAAGAAUGUUGUACAGUACUUUUUUUCCAGUAAUGAUGCUGCUUCAACCACUUAUUAUAUUCCUUUUAUAAAAAGCGAUAAUUUACAAACGAAUGAAAAUUAUCUUAUUUGUUUAUACUCUGAUGAAAAUGAUUUUCACGGUAUGGAACUUACCAAUGUUCAUUUUUAUAUUAACACGACUGAUUCGAUUAUUCUGAUUUUUCUCAUCAUUUUUGUCAUUGUUUUUUUGCCUCUCCUCUUUUCGCUUACCUACCUGUGUGUCCUAUUCAAGAUGAAUGCCCUCAAGGUGAAGAUGCAGAAGCUGCAGCUGCUAAACAGGAAGGACGAAAUUGAGGACCGCCUAAAGCAGGAGCUAAACCUCGACCAGUACGAGUGUAUUUAG